CAUCGCCAUCACCAUGAGAACCUCACUCGCCAUCUCUGCGCUCUCUGCUCUCGCCGCCGUCACCGGCGUGACUGCCAGUCCGCUGCGUCCUCUUCAGGACGUAGUCAAGCGCAGCCCAGACGGCAACUUCACCCUGUACGAUUACGGCGUCACCUCGAGCCCUAUCAAGCUGUUCUACGCCGAUGGCCUCGCCUACUUCGGCACCGCCUCAGACUGGACCUCCGGCUCCAUCGUCACCGACAUAACCCUCACCUUCAGCGACAGCCAAAUCUCCACCGAAGCACUAACCGAGGGCGUGACCCUCCCGGACGACACCCUGCUAUACAUCCGUCCCAACGACGACGCCAUCACGGAGGUGGGAUUCACCGGCGCCGACACACCCUCGGAUGCCGUGACGGACCGAUGGAUCUGGUACGGUGCGUGGUUGAUGUACGAGGAUGAUUCCGGGGAGCUGUUCGAUACGUUCUAUGUCAAGGAGACGAAUGUGUCGAGUGUGUGGCAGUUGUAUUGGGUUCCGGUGGGGGUGGCGAGCACGGGGUAUACGUCUGCAAAUGUGAGGGAUGUUGCUUGAUGGCCUCUUACCGUUGGGUGGAAUUUGAUGUCUGUAUGAGAGUUGGG